AUUAUGCUAUUCUUCUGGAACAUGCGUGUGUAAGGGCGCCUGUCUUAGUGUUGAAUCCUGCUUCAUCUUUUUCGCAGAAACAUGACAACAGGAACGGAGAAGCCCAGCACAAGGGUUAUUCAGGUGACGAAUAUCGCUCAGAACGCAACCGUUGAUCAAAUGAAAACACUGUUUGGUUUUCUUGGUGAAAUCGAGGAGAUGCAUCUGUUCCCUGAGGAUCCAAUGAUUCACCUUGGAACAGCUACGCGAGUAUGCUUUGUGAAGUUUACAGAUCCUUGCAGUGUUCACGUGGCUCAGCAUCUCACAAACACAGUUUUUAUUGACAGAGCACUGAUAGUUGUACCAGUACAGGAUGGAACAAUACCAGAUGAGUCUAAAGCAGUUCAGCUGGCAGCACCUGCCAGUGCAGUUGCUGGAGGCUUUACAGGAUCAUCAGGAGGAUUACUCCCCACACCACCCAUGCCAGCACAGGUUCCAAUUGUUCCAGGAGUAGUUUCUACAGUUAUUCCUGGGCUAGCCACUGCUCUAACUGUACCUGCUCCAUUACCGCCUCCACCUCCCCUAACUAAUGUAGACCCCAGCAAAAUUGAUGAAAUUAGACGAACUGUUUAUGUUGGAAACUUGGAUACCACGCUGUCAGCAGAACAGCUCAUGGCAUUCUUCUCAGGCUGUGGUGAGAUCCGAUAUGUGAGAAUGUCUGGGGAUGAUACUCAACCCACUAGGUUUGCAUUUGUCGAGUUCUCAGAACCUAGUGCAGUAAACACCGCUUUGCAAUACAAUGGAGUGAUAUUUGGUGGCAGACCUCUGAAAGUCAACCACUCAAAGAAUGCCAUUGUUAAGCCAGCUUCCAAGUCAUCAGAUAAAGACCGCAAAGAUAUUGAUAAGGCUAUGCGACGUGUUAAAGAAGCAUCCUCGAUCAUUGAAGAUGAAAUUGAUCCUGAUGAAAGGUCAAAGUCUCGCUCCAGAUCACGAUCCAGAAGAAGAUCUCACUCAAGGUCCAGAAGAAGAAGGUCUCGAUCUGGGUCAGGCUCACGUCGAAGAAGAAGAUCACGUACCCGCUCACCCUCAAGGGAUAGAUACAGAGACAGGCGUCGUUCAUCCCGUUCUGCCUCAAGACACAGAAGUUCCCGUCGUUCUCGAAGCAGGGAGAGAAGGAAAGGUCGACGUUCAAGGUCUCGAGAGCGACGUUCUAGAUCACGAGAGCAAUCACGUGGCAGGUCCAAAGAAAGGAAGAGAACUGAUUCUUGUGAAAGAUCAGUAUCAAAGGAAAAAAAGGAACCAAAGGAAAAAGCAGAGGCUGUUGAGAAACCUGAAAGUUUGAAGGAGAAAAGUCGAGAGAAAUCAGAAGAGAGGAGUGAAAAAACUAGAUCAAAAGACAAAGAGAAAACAAGAGAAUCAGAAAAAGAAAGAGAACGGAGAAAGGAAAAAGAACGACAGAGAGAAAAAGAGAAGCAAAGGGAAAAAGAGCGCGAAAGAGAAAAAGAAAAGGAAAAAGAAAGACAAAAAGAACGCGAGCGAGAGAAAGAGAAAGAAAGAGCCAGGGAACGAGAGAGGGAAAGAUCAAAAAGUCAUUCUAUCUCACCGUCACCAAAGAGAAGCUCUUCUAAAGCGCACCAUAAAAAGAAAAAAGAGCGAAAAGUUAGGGAGAAAAAGGACAGUAGCUCUCAAAGUGCUGAGGAGGAAAGUGACAAGGAUAGAGCUUAUCCAGCAGACAGUGAUCAAGGCACAGAGAGAGAGAAAAGAAAUAGAAAAUAUGGCAGUGCAGAAGGAAAAGAUAGUGAAGGUUCUGAUUAUGAUAGGAGCAAGAAGAAAAGGAAAAAAUAUUCAGAGGAAAAAGAAGAGGAUGAAAAUCUGUCAGAUGGUGAAAGGAGAGGUGAGAGAGAAGAUAGCUCGAGCCGACGUUCAAAGAAAAAGUCCAGGAGCUAUAAGAAGAAGCCUGUCAGUGCCGGUGACUAUGACAGUGAUACUAACUAAUGACAUGACAAUUGAAUACUAUACUAGUGUUAGAGUUUGUACUUUUCCCUUUACUCUAAAUAGAUCUUAUUACUGUUCAUGUGGCCCUGUUCAGAAUCUCAGCCAGUAAUUAAGUACCUUGCACAUUUUCCAGGACAGAGAUGCUCACAAAGUUCAUUCAUGUACUCAUUUUAUUGCCUCUCUGAUUCAAUCAUUUGUUUUCACAAAAGACUUCUCCUGGUCCAAUUGCAUGUUAAUCAAUGUCACUUGCCUCUGUUCUUUUCUGUUAUGAUUUAAAUGACAUCAUCUUUUAGGAAACAAAACUAGCCGCCAGAUUGUCAUUCACAAAUGGCUAAAAGCCAGUUAAUACUUUCAAGGCCAUAAGUCAGGCUUUUCUCAUUUUAGUGCUGAAUGCUUUUAUAUUGUAAAUUUUGUCAGUGUUCAUUAAAGUGUUAAUCUGUCUAUGCUA